CAGAUUAAACACUGAAGAAAUGCUGAGACAUAAACUGUACUUGGGAAGUGAAAAUCUUUAGUCUACGUGAACUUCAAAUGAUAGACUGGAGUCAGUAAUCACUCCAAGGUCUUUUACUGCUGCACAUGAUGAAACAGAAAGUCCAUCCAGAGUUACUGUGAGAUCAGAAGAAACCAGAAGAGAUCCUAGAAGAAGUACUUCUGUCUUAUCAGAAUUAAGUAAGAGGAAGUUAAUAAACAUCCAACGUCUAAUGUCCUUUACACAUUCCUCAACUUUAUUAAGCUGCUGUCUGUCCUCUGGCUUCGCUGAAACAUACAGCUGUGUAUCAUCAGCAUAACAGUGGAAGAUAAUUCCAUGUUUACGAAUAAUUUGACCUAGAGGUAGCAUAUAUAAAGUAAAAAGUAAUGGGCCUAAAACAGAACCUUGUGGAACACCAAAUUUAACCUCGGUAUGCGUGGAGAAGUCUUCAUUUACAUCUACGAACUGAUAACGAUCGGUCAGAUAAGACCUGAGCCAGGAGAGGACUGUUCCCUUAAUGCCAACAACAUUUUCUAAUCUAUCAAGGAGAAUAGUAUGAUCUAUAGUAUCAAAAGCUGCACUAAGGUCGAGUAACACAAGCAACGAGACACAACCCUGAUCAGAGGACAGUAGUAGGUCAUUUACUACUUUAACUAACGCUGUCUCUGUGCUAUGAUGAGGUCUAAAUCCUGACUGAUACAUUUCAUGAAUGUUGUUCCUAUGUAAGUACGAGCAUAGCUGCUGUGUACAACCUUUUCUAAUAUCUUGGCUCAAGGUUGGCUUAUUUAAUCAUUGAUUUAAUAACUGCUAAUUUUACGUGCAAUUAGUGCUAAGGGAGGAGUUGAUUAUGUUUAAUAGAGGUUUUAUGUCUGAGAAUCUGUUUAAGGAGAUGUGACUCUGGACAACCUCACUGACCUCACAUGCAUCACACAGUAACACAAGCGAAUACCGUGAGACGGAAAGUGUGUUCUUGUGCGUCACUGGUCAGUCCCCCCCUGUUUCCCAGAAUGCUCAGUGGCUGGUGGGUGGAGUAAAGAUGAGUGUGACAUCAUGGUUUUUGGUGAGCAGCUCCGGCACUCGGCACCGGUUGCCGCGGGAGAUGAUCUUUGUGGGCCGUGAGGACUGUGAGCUCAUGCUGCAGUCCCGCAGUGUGGAUAAACAGCAUGCUGUGAUUAACUACGACGCUGGUACAGAUGAGCACUUGGUGAAAGAUCUGGGCAGUUUAAACGGGACCUUCGUGAAUGACCUGAGGAUUCCUGAUCAGACGUAUAUCACACUCAAACUAUCUGACAUCGUUCGCUUCGGAUAUGAUUCCCAUGUGUAUGUUCUGGAGCGAAGUCAACAUCGAGUACCGGAGGAGGCUCUGAAGCAUGAGAAAUACACCAGCCAGCUGCAGAUGGAUUUAAAAAUCUCUGAGCUGAAGAAGAAAGAACUGCAGGACGAGAGGACGAAGACAGACAGGUCUGAUCGCAAGAGUGUCACAGAAGGCUCUGUGAGUCGUCCCACUCCUUUGUACGGUCAGCCCUCAUGGUGGGGAGAAGAAGAUUCAGGAAGUAAAGAUUUCAUUAACGAAGGACGUAAAACAGACGAGAGUCGAUCAGAAGUCCUGAAGGAAGAGGAAGUGAGCAGCUCUCUUCAGGAAUUUCGUGAUGGCCAAAACAAGUCUACGUUCCUAUACCACCGAGAGCCAAGUUAUUUUGAAAUUCCCACCAAGGAGAUUCAAACACACUCCAAAUUUGCAGAAAUGGAGCUGAAUGACAUUCCCACUAAGGACACAGAUGUUUUACCAAAAUCCACUCCGCCUGUUUACCAGAGCCACGCCUCAUUCACCAUCGAGUUCGAUGAAUGUACGCCAGGAAAAAUGAAAAUCAAAGACCAUGUGACCAAAUUCUCCUCUCGUCAGCGCAGUAAACAGUUAAGUGCUAAAGUGACCAGUGCUGCACCCACUGAGGUCCAGUCUCCAGAGAGCAAGGUUGCUGAUUGGCUGGUUCAGAGUGAUGUUGGCAUGAUGUCAUCAAGACGGCCGACUAGCGAUGAUGUCUACAGCACCAAGAGUGACCUCGCGAUGCACAUCAGGACGCUCAAAGGUCACCAUCAUGAAGAUGGCACUCAAAGUGAUUCUGAAGAUCCUGUAAUAAAAGGAAAGAGGACUAAAUCUCAUCACUCAGUCCAAUCGGAGGAAUCAAAUAUGCCAAAAAUAUUGGAACCAUCUGAUUCUUACAAACCUCCAUCACCACCUAAAAGUAUUCAUGACUUCUCUAGUGUUCGUGAAGGAACUGGAGUAGAAGAACCUUCACCUUCAACUCAAAGCCAAAUGAAAUGUGGGCAUCAGGAACCUCUGAGUCAGCAGGCCUUUAUUAUUGAAUUUUUUGAUGAUAAUCCACGUAAGAAACGUUCCCAGUCUUUUACCCACAAUUCUGUGCAUGGUGACAAUUAUUCAGCUCUCAAAGCAAAACUAGAACGGCGUAAAGGAGGUGAAAGGCCUGCUUCUGUUCAUGGGAAUAUUCCUCCUACACAACAGAUCACAGUCCCUCUAAAGGGCUUAAGUCAUGGCAUUCAUCAAAGAUCGAGCUCACUAAAGAGGGAGAAAACGGAGGAUGCCGUGAGCAAGGGUGGCAUUUCCCCUUCGUCUUCGGGCACUUCCUGUUCCAUCACUUCUUCGUCCUCUCGCUCUUCCCCAGCAAUCAUCAUCAAACCUUUUGGCAGCAUUGGAAAGAAAUCUAAACUUGCUCAAGAAUUUGCUAACGAGUUUCUUAAUGAAUCCUCACCACCAAUGUCAGCACCACCAGUGAUGAUGUCACCAUCACACACCCAUCUUCCAUCUCCGGAGGACACACAUGUAUGUGCGCCGUCCUCCAUGUCUUACCCGGCCUCUCCAUCCCAAAUACACACACACCAUCUGCCCCAAACACUUCUUCCUGCUUCUUCUCCAAUUUCUGUCCCCUCUCUCCCUUCAUCUGUGGGUCCAGAUUCCAGCGUUUCAACAUUACCUCAAUUUUCUCCUAUAUUUGGGACUGAGGCAGAUUCUAAAGCCCUUAGAACACACCCUAAAGGCCCAGGGGCAAUUCGUACAGAGGAGGAGGACAGUUUGAGUGAUGCUGGAACUUACACUAUUGAGACUGAGUCUCAGGAUAAAGAAGUGGAAGAAGCUCGCAGUAUGAUUGAUCAGGUUUUUGGAGUACUGGAUGCUCCAGAAUACAGUGGUGUUUACAGACCAGUCAUCAAUGAGCAAGAUAUACUAAACCAAAACCAAACUGAAAUCAUGCGCACAUCAGCAGAAGAUCUUAAUGAUCUUAAUUCCAGCAUCAGUGGAGAUACAGAAAGCUUUCUACAGGCACAUUCUGACCUGAGUGCACCUAAGUGGGUGUCUCGGUGGGCGAGUUUAGCAGAUACUUACAGUGACUCAGGAACUGCAAUGGCACCUUUAGGAAGUCCACCACAAGGAACCGUUUCACACAGAGAUGUAAAAGCAGUACUGAGCCAAACUGUGAAUCAUUCAGAAUCAGAGUGUAUCCAGAGCUCCAAAACCAGACGUCUUCUUCCUCAAGUUCCUUCUGCAGGAGAGAAGCAGGAGAGUAAACCUCCCUGUAUUCUGAUCCGGACUGAACCAAGUGUGGAGUAUGAGCCACCUGAAAAAGUUUCUACUACAUCACAGCCAGAUUCCACUCAGAGGUUAAAGGUUCACGAAGAUGUGGAUCAGGAUAGCCUGAGUGACACCAGCCGUUCUGAUGAUAGCUCAAUCCUGGACAGGAGCUCAAAGAGUCAAGAGCAGUACAGAACGACAGCAUCAUUGUUAUCUGAAAACAUCCAGCCAAAAUCCACUUCUUUCUACAUUGGCUCUGAGGAGGGCUCUUACAAAUCAGAUGCUUCCCGGAGUCCGGUUCUUUCUCAAACUGAGCGAGCUCCUUCUCCCAAGAUGCCUCCAACUACUGUCCUGAUACGACACCUGAGUAGCCACGAAUCCAAGCGAGCUGUGAAGCCAAACUCAUCAGCACCGAAUCUCCAAACCCAUAACAAAGAUUCUGUUCCCACCAAAGAACCUCCAUCAUCCUCUUUCGUUCGCCAGGAGAGCUUCACCAAAGAUCGACCAAGUGACAACAUCCAGGUUAAAAGGUUGCCUCACAUCUCUAGUCAUCCCACUUUACGGGAUUUAGGCACCCUGGGAAGUGAACAAGAAGCUUUAUCAAAGGAAAACAAACAAUCCACAUCUUCUCAAAGGCAGAUAAAAGGAUGUUCUCCUGAACAGGUUGAAGAUUCUCUUUCUGGUGAAUCAGAUGUGGACACAGCUAGCACAGUGAGCUUAGUGAGCAGUAAAAAUGUGCCUAUUAGCACGGUUAAGAAGCGUACGUCAUCUACUGUACAUCGUAAGGAUAAAUCCUCUGCGGGUUUGUCUUCUCAGGAGAAAACCAGACAACCAACAGCUCGUGAGCGACUUUCAGAAAAACGUCGCAAUCAUCCAAAUACGGAAAACAGCACCGCUAAAUCUGAACCUGCGCGUCGUCUCCAUUUACGCCGCAGCACUGGAAAUAGUGGCUCAUUAGAUUUUUCUGACAAUCAGCAGAUUCAUAGUCAAACUGAAACCGCAUCUUCUGAUCACGAAUCAACAUCACGACCUUCUAGUCGCAAGAAACUCUCAGUGUCUCUGCAAAACCAAGAUUCGAACAAAUCCAAUAAAGCGGCUCAUCAGGUUCUCACUCGGUCCAACAGUCUCUCGGCUCCCAGACCGACGCGGGCCUCCAUGCUGCGCCGCGCACGCCUUGGAGAAACAUCCGAUAACGAAGGCGUGGAAACGGAUCGCGCGUCUCAGGGUUCAGAACACACGAAAACCUCUGGAGACAGCAAAAAGCUCUCAAGAUUGGACAUUUUAGCUAUGCCACGUAAACGCACUGGAUCAUUCACCACCCCCAGUGAUAGCGAAUCACUGAACAAACAAACACACGUUCGUCCGUCUGAUACUAACGCUAAUGGGCGGAGAAUGUCCGCAAGUGAAACAAAACCAACCAAUAAAAUUUCUCCAACAGCAGAGAAACAUUCGUCCAAUCACACACGCAGCAAUCAGACUAAACACACGGGCACAAGCAGUUCUCAUCGGAGACAGAAAGGUUCGGAUUCCUCCACAUCAGAGGAAGAACGUGAUGUCAGCUCUAAAACUAAAUGCUCUCAGACUUCAACCUCCACACAGACACAAACUCCGCAGAGACUCGUUCCCACUUGUCUGGAAAUAGAGGAUGAUGAAGCACAAAACGAGCACUACCAGAACUGGACCAAUCAAAGUGCAGAGAUCGCCAGGCUGAGUCAGGACUUGGCCAAAGAUCUUGCUAUUCUCGCACGUGAAAUCCACGAUGUAGCCGGAGACGCUGACACACACACACCUGCAGCGACGGGGUACAGCAGUCCACCAGGCUCCAUCCCACAUACACCUGCAUCCACUAUCUCCGCCCGAGAGGAGUUGGUGCAUCACAUUCCAGAUGCCAGUCUGAGUUAUCAAAAAGUUCCCGCAGGUUCCCCGAGUCCAGUGGAUCAGGACAGUGACGGAACCAAACGACGUCCUUGGAACAGAGAAGAGGUGAUUUUGGACAAUCUGAUGUUAAACCCAGUGUCUCAGCUCUCACAGGCCAUCAGAGAGAACACAGAGCAACUCACAGAGAAAAUGAAAUCUUUAUUCCACAAUACCACAGAUGUUUGGGAGGAGAUUGAAGCAAAAAUGAAUGCUGAAGAUGAAGUUCCUAUAAUUAAAACUUCCAACAAAGAAAUCUCGUCCAUCCUUCAGGAGCUGAGGAGAGUCCAGAGACAGCUGGAGGUGAUAAACUCAAUCGUGGAACCUGGAGGAGGUGUGAAGAUAACAGCACCACCUGCAGCAGGAAAAAAAAGAUCUACAUCUGCAAAUGCUAAACGAGGUGGUAAAUAUCCUGUGUGAGGAAUGUGAAGUCUGUUUUAGUCUAGUAAUAACUGCUGAAAAUGCCUUUAUGCUCUAUAGAUCUUUACUACGCUGAAAUAUAUGCUGUAUUAAAUGUAAACCUGCUGCUUGCUUCAGAUAGGAGACAAACUGUGUGUGUGUGUGUGUGUGUGUGUGUGUGUGUGUGUGUGUGUUUCCAUAUUAGAUGUCAGCACAAGGGGAUGAGUGUGUGGCAGUACUAUAUCUGUUGACAUAAAUUCACUAAAUCUCAUUGUGUAUUUACAAAGAAAAAAAGAUUUGUAAUGUAAACCUGUGUAAACCUGUACCUGGGGCUAUUACUUGGUGGACUCGACAGAUUCGGAAACAGCGAAACAAACUGGCCAUAGUUCAGAUUUCUGCAGCAGAUUCUCUGUAACAGCCAAACACUUUAUAUAAAUUAUUUUUGUCACAGUUUAAAGUAGCUAAAACAUUUACAGACAUUUGUGUUGUUCCGUAAUGUUAUACAGAUUUAUACAGUGCCUCCAGAAAAUAUUCAGCCCCUAGUGAUUAUUUCUCUUUUUGCUGUAUUGCAGCAUUAAAUUUGAAUUUGUUAGAAUGGGAUUUUUCUGCUCCUUUUGAAGUGACUGCUCACAGAAAUAAAAGUAAAUAUUUAGACGUCCUCAGGAUGAUGAGGUCUAAAACGACAAAAAAGUCUAAAACGACAUAAUUGAUGUGUUCAUCCCCUUUUAUUUUAGCAUCUAAAUUAGGACGAGUAUUUGUUUUUCAGAGUGCACAUUAAAUACAUUAAACAGGGUACACCUGUAUUCAUUUUAAAUCCACCUGCAUCAGAUUGUAUGCUUGCUCUCACAGCUGAAAUGGCAGAUCAGAUCAGUUUUGCUGUCAUGAAGCUUGCCCAUGAAGAACUGCCCAUGAAGUUUUUAAAACCAUGGCAGUGCUUUGACUCUUCCUAGAUCUACUGUGAAAUUCCUUGUAAAAAGGGGAAAACAUAUGGAACAACACAGACUUUACCAAGAUCAGGCCAAACUGAGUGCUCAGGCAAGAAGUGCAAUUGUCAGAGAACUGUCCAAGAGUCCAGCUACAACAGUGUUACAGAGCUGAAAUAGAAGAUCCUGGGCAGACCUCAAGAACAUCAUCAGCUCUUCACAGAUCCGGUCUCUGUGGGACAGUGGCCAGACGGAAGUCACUUGUGAGAAAGUUAGAAAACCUGAGAGCUUUUGGAAAAAGAUUUUGUGGUCUGAUGAGACUAAAGUGGAGGCAUUUGGUCUCAAGCCGAAUCAUAACAUUUGGCACAAACCAAAUACAUCCCAACACCCAUUUAACACCACUCCUGUGAUGAAGCAUGGUGGUGGCAUCAUCAAGCUCUAAGUUUGCUUUUGAGCAGGAGGAACUGGAAAGGUUGUUUUCAUCACAGGAAACAUGGAUGAAGCCAAAUAUGAGCAAAUUGUUGAACAGAACCUCUUCCAAUCUGCCAAAACCUGAAUUUAGGGCUAAAAUACAUGGUCCAAUAGGACAAUGACCCAAAGCUCAGGGCAAAAGAAUGGCUGAGGUAAAGAUACUUUUUAAAUAAUUCUGAGAACCUCUAAAUAUGUUUUAUUUUAUGAUGUCGCAAUACAGCAAAAAGAGAAGUCAUAACUAGAGGGGUGAAUAAUUUCUGGAUGCACUGUAUAACUCCCCUCCCCAUGUAAAAUUAUAAUAUAUAAUAAAUGUGUGGUGCAGUGCAUUCUGGGUAUGUUGUCAAAUUGGCCAAAAGAUGAAGGGGAAGUGGACGAGGGGCGUGCUAAAACCAGGACUGGAACACAGACAGUGAUGUUAUUUGGUGUUUUACGUUUGAGGUUAAUCGUUCUUAGGAAUCUGCAUUAUAACUGUGCUAUGCAUUAACAUACACACACGCGCACACACACACACACACAGAGAGAGAGAGAGAGAGAGAGAGAGUGAUAUAACUGUGUAUAAGUAUAUAUUACAUUUCCUGGUGCAUGAUGUAAAUUAUAUGAAUGUGACUCAAUGCUAAUGAGAAUGUGGCUAAAGCUAAACAGCACUAAGCAGCUCAAUGCAACAGAAAUAUAAUAAUGUGAGUUGAAAUAUAAUAAAAUUACAGUAUUUAUGAAGAUUUGCUGCAAAAAUACUGUACAAGAACAAAAAACAGUGACGACAGCAUCCAGAAGUUUCAUCAGUGAAGGAACAUUUGCACCUUUUACUCACUGAUCCACAGUUUACAGAGAUUCAUUAUUUAACUUAAUGAGCUUCUUUAAACACUAAUAUUCUAAUAUUAAUAUUCUGCCUUAGACUCCGCCCCCUUUAACACUCGUGUCACUCAUUAGGAACCUUUUUAUUAUUUUUACCCCAAUUUAGGUCUCGUGAGGAUUUAAUACUGAAAUUGUACACCUUGGUAUUUGGAACUCGAAAACUAAGUGCUAUUCGGACAUUACGUGAGUCGGAGUGGGGGCGGAGUGGGGGCGGAGUUUGUUUAACCCAGACGCGUGCCUCAGUUGCGUGGGAUUCUGACCUUGAACUCAAGCACAUUGGCUCGAAUAUUAAGUGCAGCUGUCUGACAGUUUAAUGUAAACACAAUAUGUCACAUUGAAAUGUAUGUUUUUUCUGUAAAUUCACUUAAAAUUUAUUUUCCUGUGAUCUCGACU